UACAUUAGCGUCCAUUGAAAAUAUUUGCCAAAUUUCAACCUGUGUUUCACUUAUUUGGUCAACUUCCUUUUUAGGACAUUGCAAAUAACUUACACGUCAAUUAUGUAUUAUUUAUUCUAAACAUGAAAGUAUAAUUGGCCUGUAGAAAUUUGAAUAAGAAAUUACAGAGUACUUGUUCAGAUAAGGCUUAUUGCUGUAUUCUUGAACUCGAUCAUUAUGAUUGACAUAAAAUAACCAUCAAUUGAUUGCAGCUCAAACUUUUCUGCAUAUGUUUUAGAUACCUAAGAAUGUCACCUGAGCGAUUUCAACAUUUAUUAACACUCGUUGGACCCCGUUUGGGAAAGAAAAAAUGUAGGAGUCGUCAAAUCAUUUCGCCAUCAGAACGCCUUGUUAUCACUCUCAGAUACUUGGCCACUGGGGACUCACAGCAGUCACAUUCUUUCAAUUUUCGUGUUGGCAAGGCUACAGUGUGUCAUAUCAUUCGUGAUACUUGCAAAGCACUUUGGACAGAGUUACAUGCGAAAUAUCUCAAUGCACCAGACACAGAGGAAGAUUGGAAGGAAAUUGCUAGAGGUUUUGAGAGAGAAUGGAACUUUCCCCAUUGCAUUGGUGCUCUAGAUGGGAAGCAUGUAGCAAUGGAGUGCCCAAAAAAUCAAGGGUCAAAUUUUUUUAACUAUAAAGCGUUUCACAGCAUUGUGUUAAUGACUGUAUGUGAUGCUAACUAUUGCUUCACAAUUGUAGAUAUAGGAGGGUAUGGAGGAGACAACGAUGCCUCAAUUUUUGGGGGUUCAGAGAUGGGUAUGGCUUUCAAAGAGGGAGAAAUGGAUAUCCCCAAACCAGAUACCACUGAUGGUUUGACUCUACCAUAUGUUCUUGUUUCUGAUGAACUAUUCAAGCUGGAGCCCUGGUUGAUGAAACCAUUUCCUGGACAAAAUCUAGAUGUAGGGAAGAUGAUCUAUAACUAUAGAUUGUCAAGGUGUAGAAGAACUAUUGAAAAUGCAUUUGGCAUACUGGCAGCUAGAUGGCGGAUUCUCAGAAGGUCUAUCCGGGCAAGUGUUUCAACUGUUGAAAAUAUAACAAAAGCUUGUGUUUGCUUACAGAACUAUUUGAUGCAAACUGAUAAUGCAUUUUAUGCACCCAAAGGCUUUGUAGAUGCUGAAGACAAUAGUGGCAAUCUGAUACCAGGUACCUGGCGAUCAUUGGUGGAGAAAGACCAGUCAGCUCUAAAGCCUGUUAAAAGAGCUGGUAGCAAUAACUACACAAUUAAUGCCAAGUUGAUCAGAGAAACUUUUAAAAAUUACUUUAUAAGUGAGCCUGGCUCAGUGUCUUGGCAGCUUCAGAAUGUAACAAGCUGUGGUAAAAAGAACUAAACAUUUUCUAGCAAACUGUUGAUAAAAAAUAAAGCAUAUUUACUUUCCUACCAGUAUUAGGUCACUCAACACCUACACCAAAGUUCCAGUGAGGUAAUCACUGAUUUUAAAUGCAUACAGGCCAUCUAAUAUCAUCCCCCCUAUCAGUUCUGAAAAAAUUUGAUUGUGUGCCCUUUGGUGCCUAAUAGAAGGGGGGUUGGAAUAAGCAGGGGGGGGUUGGAAAAAUCUCCAAAACAUAAUAAGUGGGUGGGAUGGAAUAGCUGGGGGGGUUGGAAAAUUCCCAGAAACUUAAUAGCCGGGGGGCAGGAGAUAGCAAUAAUUUCUAAGGAUGAAAUUUUUUAUAACAUACCAACGAAACUGUAAUAAAACAGAAAAUAUGAGCAAAAUAUGAUGAAAAAGUUUUUGUUAAUAAAAAGUUUUCCAGUUGUUCACAUCUUCUCGAGAAUGUCAAAAAUGUUUAACUUCAAAAAAGGAAAAGCUGAAAUAUAAUUCUAGUGAGAAAUGCAAUUAUCAAAAAAUAUAAUUCUGAUAUUUGUCUUGGGCGGAUUGUAUUUCAAAAAUGUAAUAGCCUGGGGUUGGAAUAAGAAUGUCCUGGGUGGAAAAAAUUAAAAAAUUGUUAAGUGGGGGAGAUGUCUAUUAGGCAUCAAAGAGUACCCAGAAAUCUAGAUGCAAUAACAGGUACAUCUCUAAUUUUAUCUUUGGAGACUUGACCCAGUUCCAAUUAUCAAUUCCAAAUUUGUCCUAAAGUGACCCAAUAUAGAUAGAAUUGCUAAAGCAUUAAAAAGUAUCUAGAUUUAACAAAUGUGAAAAGUUUUUAAGCUAAUAUUGCUUUCAGUAUCACAAAGAUGUCAAAUUGGUUUGAUGCUUGUCACCUUCAUCAGGUUGUUUCUGUUGCAUUGACUGACUUAGAUAACUCAUGUAAGAGUGCUGCAUGUAUGGAGUGCAACUAGAGCUAUUGUAAUUCUGCAUUGGAUAGCUAUAUUGUUGGCUUUCAUAGCGCUUCUCCAUUGAUAUUUUGGUGACUGCAAUAUCAUUAAACACUUUCAUUUUUUGGAAUUUGGCCAUGGUCUUAUAAUGGGGCUCUAAAUCCUUCAAUAAUCCAACUAAACUUAGGCAGAAAUGACGAUCCUCAUCAGAUUCGUCAUCAAUGUUAACAGGCUUUGCUUUUUCUGUCUCAUUCUCUAUUGCCCAUUGUAAACUGGUCAUUGUUUUAAUCAAUCCCUUCUCAAUUUCUACACCAGAUGUCUGCUUGUUGCUAUCUUUUGACCAUGCUCCUUUCUUUUGCCUCUCAUUUCUCUGCCUUUUCACAGGAAAUUCAUCAUCUUCUUUUCUGUGAACUUAAACUGCUGUGCUCUCCAGUGACAUAUGCAGAAGAAUUAAGCCCUUCUUCAAUACUAAUUUGUAAUGGGGAGCCCUUACUCUCUUCUUGUGCACCAGAACUGCAUGAGAUGGGUGAAGUUAAUGGUUCCAGAGCAAUAUCACCAUUUGAUAUCCUACUAUUGUUUCCUGGGCUGUGUGCAUUAAAAUUCUCUGCUUCAUCUAAUUCAUGACUAGUAUCUAUGUCAUCUUCCACAUGCAUCUGAUUAGAGACUUCAGUGCAUGCCUCAACAUUGAAUUGAUCAUGAACCCCUGGCCCUGUAGCUUUUGGAUUCCUCUUAAAAUUUGUUGUGCUUGCCCGGUGCUGUAUACCACAGCAGCCACCGAAGGUGCUCAUAUUCUGGCUUUAUCUCAGGAACAUCAGCCACACCAGAGCCAGACCUGACAGAUUUUUGUCGUUUUAAGUAUUUGGAAAAAUUUGUCCUAAUGCUAUUAUAGCGGGUUUGGGCCUCCCUCCAAUCAAUGCUUAAUUCUAAACCUAUCUCCUUCCAUGCAUUCCGUUUUUUCAGGGGCAUUCUGUAAUCUUUGCAGCCCUUGUCAUAUAGAGCGGGGUAUUUGCGAACACAACUCAUUAAUGCUUCAUUAUCAAUAUAAAUACUUUCCAGAUUAUCCCCUUCCUUUUGGCUUGCCAUUUCUUACCUAUCAAAAUACACUAGAUAUUUUGCUGUAGUGCUUUUAAUCUCUCUUCUUGAGCAAAACUUCGCGAAAUACUUUUUGAAAAAAAUUUUUUAACUCGAAACUGAGGCUGACAUAAGCCUAUCUUGAUUGGUUACCAUUAACAAAAGAGAACAUGAGAACAAUAGCUUGCCGAGGUUCUACUUAGAUACCGGCAUAGUUACCGGCAAGGUAUGCGUUUCCAUAUGAAAUUUCAUGGUAGCGGCUGCCGGUGCCAUGCCAUAAGGAUCGGAAAAAGUUGAAAAUAAUUCAACUUUUCAAGGUCGUUCCGGCACCUCAAUUACCAUGGCUGAGACUGCCGGCGGCACUUAGAAAAAACGUUUCCAUAUAAAUUGAGGUGGCUGAGGCUGCCGUUGCCGAUGGUACAGGCAAUUUGAAAAGUGGUUUCCAUAUAAAUUGAAAUGGCUGAGGCAUACCGUUACCGACGGUACAGGCAAGUGGUACCGGCACCUUACGGCUAUAUGGAAACCAGGCUUAAUCUGGAUUCCGGUUGCUGAAUCCUAAAAGGUGGGAUGUUGUUAUUUUUUGUAUCUUUAUUUUAGUUGGCAUGUACACAAAACGAUAAUAAAUUUUGAAUAUAUAUUAACACUUACAACCCUGAAAUUAACACCAAAAGUACAAAAUAAGGAACAAAAAUUGACACAUGUAUUCUAACAGCUAGCCUAAUAUUACAAUUGACUUAGUACUGAGCUUGGUGUUCGCUUUAAAAUUUGGCACAAAUGAAUGGUGAUAAUACAGCUGUGGACAAUAUGUGCACUACAAUGUUCACCAACUUUUGGUUGGUGAUCAAAACUACUCAUGGCGGUGAUGGGGGUAAUCUACGUGUCACCAUGCUGUGAUCGUUGACCCAUAGCAAAAGAAGGGCAUAAGUGGAAUAUGAAUAUAAACUUUAUCAAAAUGUCAAACUCUCAAUUACCUUGUUUUAUUUCAUGUAAUAAUUUCGGUAGUAUUCUGGAGGCUAGGAUUUCACUUCUUUAAAAAAGUUGAAAACAGGGCCUUUAACACGUCUAAAGGCGAUCGUAGAAGACGCGCUUACUCCAAUCAGAGAUGCUAUUAUUGACUUACCAAGCAAAGACCUCUUUGAUAAUGCAAUAGCAAAGAUGACAUUAGAAAUCGAGAAAAAGAUGACAUAGCAGCUUGUUUCACGUGACAAACUGAUUAUCAAGCUUGAGGAAAAUAUUGCCGAUCUUGAAUGCAAACUCAAGUCUGUUGAAAAUCUUCAGAGGAAACUCGAUGACCAGAAACAAUAUAGCCGCGGGAGUUGCCUGAGAUUAUGUAAUGUGGAGGCUACGUCAAGGAAGACCAGUCACAAAAAAGACUGCAUAAAGAUUGUCAAAGACGUAUUAGAUGAAAUGCAGUGUUUACCAAGUAUUGUGAACAUUGAAUAAGUUGCUGAUGCUGUGCCAGUGAUUUCUGAGUAUUACAGAAAUGUACCAUUUUCACUCUAUGAUAAAUUUAGAGAAGAAUUAGAAAGAAUGGAGCAUCUUGGUGUCAUUAGAAAAGUAGAAAAGCCAACAGAACGGGUAAAUUCUUUUGUUCUGGUUUUUCUGAGCUUUCUUCUUUGGUGCUUUGUCGUUAUUGGCAACCCUCACAGGCCCAUUGUGUGCAUCACUUCCAUCCAAAGAUUGCAGAGAACCGUCAUCAGCAUCACUAGCAAGGUCUGUGUUGUACUCAUCCUCAUCUUGGCAAAUACAAUUGAACUUUGGGAAUGUUUUAUAAAAAGCGAGAAGCUCCUCAGCACACCUGUAACUUUCCAGCUUGUAUGCCUUGCAAAAACCCUUAAAGGCUUUCUGGAGAUCACGGGAGGCCUUGUAUUGUAGCAGGAGGUGAGGAACGCGACUAGGGGCAAACUAUCGUGAAUUGGUAAUUGGCUACUGAUAGAGUUGAAUGACUUUGAAUGAAGAAAGUAUAUUAAUCGCAUUUUUCCUCUUUUGUGUUUGGAUUUAUUUUUAUCUAUUAGGCAACCUGAUUACGUCUAGGGUAUUUUAGAAUCAUCUGGUUGUUUGUAUUUGUUGUUAUGGUAUUUAGUACGUAGAUAAUAAAUAUUUAGCUGGAGGCGUGUGUGUAACCUAGCGACAUAGGGCCAACAGCGCCAUAUGAUGUAAUCCUUAGUGAUGUAAUGUAGCUAAAUUAAUCCUUUAUAUCGCUAUAUAUUCAGUAGGAAUUCGUUUCAGACUUCAUUCGGUCGAGAGACACCAUAGGCUCUAUUUUAGAUGCUACCUAUGCUAGGGUAAAAUCUACAUGUGAGUAAAAUCUAUGUCACUCUAGACUAUGAUAUCUAUACAGUCUCUAUUCGAUUUACCUAAUACAGUCCUCUUAAGUUAAUCAAUUGUUUUUACUAACGAGUUUUAAUUUAACGGGUAGUCAGAAGUUAGGCUGGCUAAGCGAUUUCUGACAUUUUGACCCACCAAGCCAGAUAUAAGGAAAGGAAUGAGAUGUCUCAACAACAAGAAAAUCAAGAACUACAACAACGAGAAGAGUCUGAGCAGAGAGAACAAGAAGAAAUCUAUCCGCAAUCACCAGCAAUGAUGUUUGGUAUCAAGACCCCUGAGAUCUUACUAGAUGAGAGCCGAAAAAUGCGAGAUGUGGCGAAACAGACGUUGGACCUAUUUCUAGAUACAGUGGACGACGUUUUCCAGCGAAACCGGCCAUCAGAGUUAAGAAGAAUGAAGAAAC